UUGUGGCCACGCCCCUUUGUCGCCCACGUGGUUCCAGGGUUCCGGCUCGCCCGAGAGUCCGAACCACAGCAGCAGUGGCAGCAGCGGCGGUGGCGGCAACAUCACUACCAGCAUCGCUAACAUCAACAGCAUCACUAUCACUAACAACAACAUCACUAACAUCACCUAAAUCACUACCAGCAGCGGCAACACCACCAACAAAAGCAGCAGUGCAAGCAGCGGCGUGAACGCCAUGGAGCCUGAGGCGUCAGUUAAACUGGAGGACGAGGGACGCCACGUGGCGUGGAAACCUGGCUGGCUUGAAGCUGGAGGUCGAAGCUCUGGUUGUCGGAGCGGAUGAUUGGAAACCGGAGAUCGGUGACAUUAGAGUGAAGAUCGAACCGGACGAUGUGCCGGUUCUCAGAGCGGGUGACUUGAAGCAGGAGGUCGACGACAUCAGAGUGAAGAUCGAACCGGACGAUGGCAGGGAGGGUGAGGAGGGACGCUGGGCCUUCGCUCAGCCCUGCGCACAGCGGCUGGAGGUAGAGGUGAUGAUGGAUGACCCCUUGAAUGCAGGUGCACACGACGUGAAGGUCGAGCGUGACUGUGAAGCGAGCAUGGACACAAGGACAUUUGUGGACGUGGAGGUGGUGGUGGAUUACAUCGGCCGCUGCGGAGGUGACGUGAAGGUGAAGCGCGAUGAGGAAGAGGCAGCCGUGAGCACAAAGGCAUGGAUGGAUGUUGGGGCGCCGGUGGAUGACAAUGGCCACGGUCGGCCUCCUCCAUCAGCGCGCGAGACAGUGUCAGGCCCUCGCGUGGUCUCCGGGAGCGAGCGGAGGCCGGUGCUGCGCCCGUGCUCCGUGGUGCUGCGACUGCUGCGCCUGGACGAGGGCCGCCGCCCUAUGCCACGCCCUCGCGGCGGCGCCGAUGACAUCAUGGCUACGCAUGCUUGCGACCGCUGUCCGUACCGUGCGCGGAAGCGCCGGCAGCUCGUGGCGCACCUGCUUUCCCACACGGGCGAGAAGCCCUUCAAGUGUUCCACGUGUGGCAAGUCGUUUGCGAGCCUCAACAAUGUCAGGAGGCACCACGACACCGUCCACCUCGACCUGAGACCGUUCAAGUGCCCGCGUUGCGGCAAGCGCUUUACCUCCCGGACGUUCUUGCGGAUGCACAUGCUCAAGCACACGGGGGAGCGGCCUUAUGAGUGCGCGCGCUGUGGCAAGCUGUUCCGGCACAGGUCGUCGCUGAAUGUCCAUAAGCGCACGCACACGGGCGAGAAGCCCUUUGGUUGCGCCCAGUGCGGCAAGAUGUUCUCCCGGCAGCACCACCUCCGCCACCACGAGCUCACCCACACGGGUGAGAAGCCGUGCAAGUGCCCAUACUGCGGCCGCACGUUCUCCCACGCACACAACCUCAAGACCCACAUGCGCCUUCACACGGGGGAGAGGCCACACGCCUGCUCGUUCUGCGCAAAGACGUUUACCGAGACGGGCACCUUGAAGAAGCAUCUGCGCGUCCAUACCGGCGAGAAGCCCUUCCGCUGUUCGGAGUGCGGAAAGGCGUUCGCGCUGGCGACCAGCCGCAAUGUGCACGCGCGCAAGCACACGGGUGAGAAGCCCUACGGCUGCCCCGACUGUGGCCGUGCGUUCUCCACGUGCAGCGCAAUGAGGAGCCACCAGCGGACGAUGCACAACAGGAAAGGGGGAGCACCACGCGUGCGCUCAGUGCGGCAGGAAAUUAACAUGCCUGGGCCAUCUCAACAUGCAUGAGCGCAGCCAGAAGCGGAACAAGAAGUGCCACCGCCCAUGACAGGAGAGCUGAGGUCGCGGUGCAGGGCGGCCGCUAAUGUGCGAUCCCCAUUGAUAUCGGCACUUGUGUAUGACAUUAAUUAUUACAUUCCCUAAAAUAGUAAAUGAAUCGCACCUGCGGCAGAUGGCCCGUAGGCGUCCACUGCACAAUUCUUAAUUUCCACUUUCCUCUGUCCUGUGCCAAUAUGCUGAAGUCGUGCCACGUAUUUCUGGCACCAAUCUCUUAGAUUGUCGUCAAGCCAUUCUGUAUCAGGUCUUCCUCUCUUUCCACAUCCUUCCAUUUUUAUGAAUAGCCCAUUUUAAAUGUUCUUGUUGUCCAUCCUAUAUGUCCAAAUAGUGCCAGUUUCCUUCUCAUCACUGACUGCAUCAUCAAGUAGUCUUCUAUGUGCAACCUUUUUCUUCAACGUUGGUCACUCUUUGGGUCCAGCUUACUGGCAGUUUCCUUCUGUAGCAAUACAUUUCAAAUGCCAAUGUCUCAACAAUUGCACCCAUAUAAUAUUAACUAUAUCCAUAAGGGGGUGCCUUUUAUUAGUUUAGGGAAUAUAAUUAAUGUCGUCCACUCCGUGCCUGCCUGUAAAGGAGGAAAACAAGUGAGAGGAAACCGGGGAGAGGAUGACUGAAGGGACAAGGUAGGGAAUUACCGAAUAUAAUGGAGAGAUACUUCUAUAACAGAGCAGUCUCCUCAAUAGACAGAAGGUUGGGCUCAGAGAAAGAGGAAAGGACCAAAGGCCUUGGCAACUGGUCGACUGGAGUAGCCGCACCACACCGGUGCCUGAAAAACGUCACGACGCAGUCCUUAAAGAGCCGCAUGCGGCUCCCGAGCCACAGGCUCCCAACCCAUGCUCGAGCCACACUGCUCGCUAGAGCAUCUUAGCACGGUCCUCAUGGAUAGGGAGGAGGAAUCCUCGAGGAAUCCGGUAGGGUUCGAGGACUGAUUGCCUUUAAGGGUUGCUGCCCCCUCCCCACCGAUCUAUCUUCCUCCUGCUGCGUUUGGUUCGUUACUUCAUUCGUGUUUGAUUUUGUGUGUUGUGCUAGGCAUCACACACAAUACAAAGACAAAUAUCCCCUGCAUAACCUGAACAGAGUGUUGGGGCAAGUGCUGUUUAGCGAGCAGCACCUAUGAAGGGCUUGCAUGGCAUACAACACCACGCCCGGUCGCCAGUGGUGAGUCGACCCAGGGCAGGAUGCCCAAGACCGGUUAAGAUGAUCAUCGCCGGUGUUGGCCGUGAGUGGGAAUUGAACUCGGGUCGCCGGGUUCGUAUCGCAGCACGCUAAACUGCUACACCACUGCUCCCCCACACUCUGUCACUGACAACACGUCCCUCCCACCUGCCCCACCAGUCACACCCUCGCUCAAUCAACACGCAGUCGCCAAUUACUACCCUGUGAGUCACCGAACCUCCACAACACUCUACACCCUCCCUCAUUUUCUUCCCCCAACAUUCCGGCGUCUCUUCCACUUAAUCAGAAUGUCCUUAUACUAGAGGAUAAAUCCGAUGAGCUAUAAAGCUCUUUUUCACAAUGUCCAGUUAACAUGUUCCCGGAGGGAGGGCUGAUGAUGGGCUGCGUCAACCUCGCAAUCAACAUUUGUUGAACUUGCAAUCCUCCCGAUGCGUGAGCCGCCCUGGGUGAGUGGGUGGGUGGGUGAGUGAGUGGGUGAGUGAGUGGGUGGGUGGGUGAGUGAGUGGGUGAGUGAGUGGGUGGACAGGCGAGGCUGGUGAGUGAGUGGGUGAGUGGGUGGGUGAGUGAGUGGACAGGCGAGGCCGGGUGGGUGAGUGAGUGGACAGGCGAGGCCCUGGACAUUCACCCGCCCACGGAUGACCUCAUCACUGUAAUUGCUUUCACAACACGCGGCGUGUCUCCCGUCUACCCUGGGCACGUGCUUGGUGUCACAAUGAACGGGGACCCCCCCCCCCCAUCAUCAUCACUCGGACUAAUAUUGUUAAAUUAACCACGAAUUAUUUAGAUUAUUUUGCUGCUGUAAAUUAUCCAUGUGAUAAGCCACUUUACUCAGCUAUCAUUUGUGGCCAUUUCGCUUCUGAAAAACAAGUUAAUACCUUAGUGGCCUUUAACUGGCAAGUUAAAAAGAAUCAGUUUUAUAAUAUUUUUUCGUGAUUUGUUUACCUUUCCUAUAUUUUUUACUCCUAUUAUGUUGUAGCUUUCUGACCGUUCCCCCCCUGGACAUCCGUGAAAAAGAGCUUUACAGCUCAUCGGAUUCCUCCUGCAGUGUUAAUAAACAUUCUGAUUCUGAA